AUGCGCCGUCUAGCCUCCCGCCUCGCCCCUUUCACAGCUGCCGGCUCCCCUCACCCGAUGACGCCGUACCAAGUGGUGCUGCGAGCCGUAGAGCAGGACGGCCGCGGAUUGCUCGCUGCAGCGGAAGUUUUUAAGCAGUUUCAACGCUAUUACCACAGCAGUCAACAGGAAGAGUUGUUGCGGCAGCAGAGCGGCGGUGGUGGUGCCUCCUCCUCCGAUUCUUUUGGAGCACCGAAGCUCCAGGGAAAGCCACUGACACAGUUUUGUGGUCGCGUCGAGGACGUCGAGCCGAUGACGAUGCUGCUGCUGAAGGUGCUAUGCGACUUGCAGAAGCUGGAGGAGCUGCGCUUUCUCUUCACGCAGUGCCUGCUGGAGAUGGAGCACCAGACACCUUCUGUGGAGCUCUUCAACGUCUACCUCCUGGCCAUCAGCAUGACAGACACCUUCAAUCAGUACGAGGUGGAGAACUUGGUGGAGUUGCAGCGGGCAAAGAUGAUCGUGCCCGACGUCGUGACGAAGCUGUCGAUGUUUCUCCUGUACCUCCGCCUCGGGCACCAAAACUGUGUCGCGUGGUGGCCCAUCAUGCGGGCGGAGGUAGAGGCUAUUGUGGAAGAAGGGGCCACUGUCCGCUACCCCCUCUUGCCACUUCGCCUGCAGCACUGCUUUCAGACCCUUCUCCGUCUGCACUACGACACGAAGGUGAUUCAUGAGUGCCUCCAGCUGCUGCGCCGCGCGGCACCGGAGCGGGUGACGCCGUCGCUCAUGCUGCCGUACCUGCUGCUGAGUGCCCUGAACGCCGCGACGCCGCCGUCGGCGGUGGUGGAGGUGCUCAAGAUGAUUGAGGCACCGUCGCCAGGGUCGGCGGCGGAGGGCGAGAAGGACACCGCCGCCGCAGGUGCUAACGCAUCUCCGGAACUCGCUGACGGCCCUCUGCUGAGCAGCGAAACGACGGUGUUCCGCCUCCUCGCAAAGUGUGCGAAAUACGGUGACGCCGCCGCCGCCGCCUACAUGCGCGACUACAUCGCUAAGUACAAAAACUUCACCAUUAUCGCUGACGAGAACAAGGCCAUGGCAUCUCUGCUGUACGUGGAGGCGCUGACGAAGGCGGGCCGGGUGCGGGCAGCGCUGCACACUCUGGAGACGGAGGUCCCUGGACCCUUCAACGUGCCCGGCGAGCGGCCGAAGCUGUUUUUGCAGUCCCGCCGUCUGUCGCUGCUGACGACGGACCCGGUGACGAAUCUGGUGCUGGCGCUCACCCCGCUCGUUGCCGCCCUGCACGUGUCCGACCCCGUGCGCACCUUGGCGGCCGAAAAGACGGGUGCGGCGGACGAGGAAGAAAGGCAGCCCGUCCCUGUCACUGCGGUCACAUUGAACUUGUUUGUGGCUGCCUGCGAGCAUGCCGGCGGGGCCGCGCGCGCAGAAGACAUGCUGCGGUUGUUUCCUCGCUAUGAGGUGAAGCCCAACGGUGCCACCUACACACUGCUGCUAGGGGUGUACGCCGCGACGGCACCGGUGGACGGCGUGGCGCGAUGGGCCUCCCUCCACCGCGAGAUGCAGGAUGCGGAGGUGGCGGUGGAUUCUUCGUUGUUGCACGUCGCCAUGACAGUGGCCCUCAACGCGCGGGACACGGGGGCGGCGCUGCGUGUGGGGGAUAUGCACCUUGCUCACUCGACGUCGGUGGACGCCAAGCAUGGCACUCGUCUGCUUCGUGAGCUGGCGGCAGCGGCAGAUGUUGAUGGCAUGCGGAAAGCACUCCGCCUGUUGCGUGCGAGCAAGUCGUCGGUGGACCCGCGUAGUGUAGCGUUGUGCACCGCGGUGGUGAAGAACUUGGGCAUCUCGACUGACGUUCUUCACGAGCACAGCGCAUCGUCAUGA